AUGCAGAUAACCCGAGCGAAAUUUGUCGGCCUGAAUGAGGUCAGAACAAGUAACAAAGCAUGCCGGGUAUUCAAACGAGGAAAGAUCACGGCUCCGGGCCAUAAGGUAAUGAAGUUUGUCCAAACUGAGUACGAUUACCACAGCAGGCGAGAAAGGCCACUUGACCGACACUCUAGAUGUAGAGGAAGUUGGGAAGGGAAUGGCGGACGAUUCAAGCUCCUUUUCAAUGGCUCUUUGGUUCUUUACGCGGAACUUGAAUAUUUGAACUCUGGCCUUAAGCUUGAGCUUGAAUACAGAAAAUAUCGUGAGCAGGUUGCUGGCAGGUUGCGAGUGAAAUGGGGUGGUCGUUGGCGACGUCGGGCCGGAAUUCAGCCACGCAAACUUGAAACGCUCAAAAUUCUGUCAAUCAUUCCCCCAGCUUUUUUGUUGAACAUGUCUGCUCUGAUUAAAACGAUUCUCCCAACAGGAAAACUGCGCGCAAAGCUGGAAGGAAAUGAUAUCCCUGCAGGGUUCAGACUACCGGAACUCGAAAUAGUACUGAAGGAUGCGGCUGAAGGUUAUUGAGUAUUGUCACAACAAUGAUGCGCUCACCACCAUCUUCAACUGAGGGAAGAACAAGAACAGGAGAAUCCACAGGCAUUUUGCCUGACGCUUUGGUUUACAACACCUUGUUACUUCAAUUAUUCAAAUUUAGUUAUUUCUGUGAA